GAUGUUCUGUGGAGGAUUGGGGCGGGCCUUUUCCCUCACCCUGAGAUCUGAGUCCCAUGAUCAUCUGCUGGCGAAUUUCCCAGGCAGAAUCAGUGAAAUCACAAGUACUGGCGGGGUGCCUGAGGAAAACCACAUUACAAAAAAUGAAGAUCGAGGAAUGCGGAGACGACUGGGGCAUGUCGCCGAACUGGAACAUCUGAAGGAACCUGCCAAGAUCACCAAGAACAAGGGUCGGCCACGCGGAAGUACGGCAAUCAACGUCAUCGGACUGCCAAAACUGAAACUGAGAACUAUGAAGACCUUCCCAGAUCUGCUUUUCCACGAAAAGCAGAAUGUCAUGCUACGCUGGAUUCUCAAGAACCCAUCGAAGGAAGGCCUGUUCGGUGAAGGGGGCGUACGGGCCUGGGAUGUCAUCCACCUCGGCAGGCUGAAAGCGAAUCCAGAUGUGCUGCUAUCUCUGGGACAUCGCUUCACCCGAUCUGAGUGGAAGAUGCUCCUGGCUGGGGUGGACCAGUUUGAUGAAGAACGUGAUUGGUUGUGUGGUUGUGGGGAGGACCACCUGGUUGGUGCCCCGUGCAAUGUGGUGUGUGCGUGAAAUGUGGUUCAGCACGUGCUGUUCUGUUAGUUAUGUUAGGGGUAUGGGUGCACGUCUAGGUUCACUGUGCAAGUAGCGGUAGUUUCCCCCAAAGCAUAGGUUGCCUUGAGUGGCAAGUGAAAAGUUCAGCCGUCUUAUUUUGGAGUCAGAGAAUUGCUACAUUGUUUUAAGCUGGCCAUAUCAGAUGCAGUGUGAUAACGACCUGCCCUAGCCGUCGGUAGGUUGUCAUGGAUCUGCGAAUGCCAUGGCAGCAUGGGUGCGUUUGUGUUUGGGGGCAGCAUAUUGGUUAAUUAUGCGUAGGUGUACAUAGUUACGUAAUAGCGGGUCGAUGAACAGUUACUUUCUUUUGGCACCAAACAUGAUGUAGUUGCGUUCGGAUGUUGUGUCAUGUCGUUGUCCCUGACUUGCUGUGACACGGCUGACCAGCGGCGA